AUGGCGACUUCUGCGUAUCAUCUAAGGACGGAUUAUCUAGUCGAAGCUUUUGGCAUUGAUAAUCCACGACCGGAGUUCUCAUGGCGACUGGAAGCUAGCGAUCCCUCGGAUAAACAUGCCGUGGUGUUUCAAAUCGCCUACCGGGUUCAAGUCGCCCUGCACGAAAGCUUUCAACCGACAAGCAUAGUCUGGGAUAGCGACAUCGUGCGCUCGCAAGAUCAAUCUGGCAUCAUUUACUCUGGCGGUCUGCUGCAAUCUAUCACGAAAUAUUACUGGCGGGUACAGUUAUUUGAUUUGCAUGACUUUCGCAGUGGGUGGAGUAGAUGUGCUACUUUCGAGACGGGGAUUAUGGAUGCGAGACUCUGGAAGGCUAAGUGGAUUACCGGACCUGCUGAGGAUACGGAACAUGCUAUGUACUUCAGGGGAUGUCUCACCAUACCUACUGGAGUGUUGAAGGGCAGGGCGUUUGUCACAGCACUGGGUUGGUAUAGGUUGUUUGUCAAUGGGGCGGACUUGACUGGCAAUUGUUGCGUACCACGAUGGACGCCACUGAACUCUGCAGUUGAGUACCAAGACUACGAUAUUACAGCAUACCUUCGACCAGGUCUCAAUCACUUUAGCGUUGUGGUCGGCGAUGGACGCUGGAGAGGCAGUCUGGGCUUGAGAGAUACAAGAGCAAAGCAUCAUGAUCCUGUCGCUACCUUUGUCCAAGUCAACAUCAACUUCAAGGACGGCAACAGGAUAGUCUACGGUAGUAGCGAGGAGUGGUUUGCUGGCACAGGUGCAAUCAUCCGCUCUGACCCGAAGCUAGGUGAAGAACAUGAUCUCCGGAUUAGCAGUGACGAAUGGCUUGGUAGAGUCGCACCGAUCCCACCGUCUGUGCAAGGCUCUCGCUGGACUCCCGCUCGUCUCCUCUCAACACCACAAUCUCGCAAACUGAUUGCUGAAGAAACACCAAGGACAAAAGAGAUUGCACGAUUACGACCAAAAGGUAUUUUGCGCUCGCCAACUGGCAAACAAAUCUUCGACUUUGGACAAAAUAUUGCUGGCUUUGUGGUUGCAAAGUUGAAGGGAAAACUUGGGACGAAAGUUACAAUUACUUAUUCCGAAUCUGUUGGCCCUGACGGAGAGCUGGAUCUGGAUUAUGCACUUCCUAUUGAUGGGAAAGCACAACGCGACUCUUGUAUCUUGAAUGGAAAGGAUACUUGGUUUCAGCCUUGGUUUACUCGCCAUGGCUUCCGCUAUGCUGAGAUUGUAGGGUGUGAUGAUGUAGGCUUCAAUGACAUUAAAGCUCUGAUAGUCUCGGCGGAUCUUCCGGAAACUGGAUCUUUCACGUGCUCGGACUGGAGACUGGAAAGAUGGAGAGGUAAUGCUCUACGCUCCAUGCGAGCGAAUUUCGCAGACGUUAUCACAGACUGUCCAACCAGAGAACGGCUUUGCUGGAUGGGAGAUUUACAAGCCAUUUCUCCCACCUCAACAAUGUUCUUGGACACUCAGACUUACCUGCGACGUACCAUGCGAAACAUCAGUCUUGAGCAACUGCCUGAUGGGACAGUACCGCCCUUCCUCCCUGGCGAAUGUGCACAGGUCUACAAAGGGCUCUGGUGGCCAAUGUCCCUCAUCACAACCUCCGUAGGCUGGGGAGACGCCUGUGUCCUGGUGCCAUGGACUCUAUACCAAUACUACGGCGAUAAAGCAGUACUAAAACGACAAUACGGAUCCAUGAAACGCAAAGUCGAACAAAUGACCAGAGACGCAAGAUCAGGAAAAGGCACAUACGGCAAAUACUUCAAAGGCGAUCGUAAUGAACAUGAACCCUAUAUCUUGGAUUCUGAUAAGAUGUGGGGUGAAUGGUUGAAGCCUGGGAGCGGUAUGUGGGGACUUUUCAAGUCUCUGAUGAUUCCGUCUCCGAAUACUGCUACUGCGUACUUUGCGCAUAAUGCUUCUGUGUUGGCGAAGGCGGCGGUGGCUUUAGGGUAUACUCAAGAUGCUGAACAUUACCUUGCAUUGGCCGAGCGAGUACGAGUAGCGUGGCGUGCAGCUUUUGUCUACGCGGAUGACCGGAUUGGUGAUGACAAACAGGACGACUAUGUCCGCGCUUUAGCGUUCAACCUCGUGAAUCACUCUUCUCGACCCCAGACUAUUGAUCGUCUGGUUGAGAUCAUUCACGACAGUGAUUACCACUUUGGCACCACACUGCUCAAUACAGCAAUGCUUCUCUCGGUCCUCAGCGAUAAUGGCAGAGCAGACAUCGCCUACAAACUCCUCAUGCAGAAUUCUGGCCACAGCUUCCUGAAUCAAAUCGAAGCCGGCGCAACCACAAGUUGGGAAACCUGGACUGGCUACGACGAGACCGGUAGAGCAAAAGGAUCACACAACCACGUCGCUUCUGGUGCCUGUACACGAUGGCUACAAGAAGGCAUCGUCGGCAUCACACCCCUCGAACCAGGUUAUCGCAAGAUCAAAAUCCGACCUUUAGUAGGAGGCGGCUUGGAUCACGCAUCAGGAGGUAUAGAAACACCGUAUGGGUUAUGCAAAAGCACCUGGAGAAAUCUGGUCACGACUGGCAUGGUUCAACUCUGCGUCACCAUCCCCGCUGGCGCUGCUGGAGAAGUUCAUUUAGGUAAUGGAGAAGUUCAUGAUGUCCCCGCCGGAACCCAUUUUUUCGAAUAUCAAAGUGGGGAUAGUCUUGCGGUAUCUCCUGCUCCAUCGACAACCAGUAUCGAGACCGUCGUCUUUGGGAAAAGUAACUAUGCAUCAUCGCAAAGUCCUGGUGGCAGUUCAAGUGCUUUGCCUUCGCUUAACGCAUCUUCUCCGCCGCAAAGUCCUGGUGGCACGUUAUCUCCUCUGUCGCCUCUGAAUCCUGGAACACCGCCUGCGAGGGUUGUGGUCAAUGGAGGGAGAUUGAUGCCGCCUGAACCGGUACAGACAAAGAAAAGGGUGGAUAGUUUGGUGCCGGGGACUAAAAUUGGGGGGCUUUCUGCAAAGAGAAGUUUUGUGUUGCCGCAGAAUGGGUGUGUUGUUUCUUGGCCACCUUCUGCUGCUACAUGA